AUGGCUACUACUCUCGUCCCGCUGGCUUCGUAUGAACAGAUAUUGAAAACACCAUCUCGCGAAGAUGGGAUUCCCGCGGACUUUGAAGACGAUCUGCGCGCGUACGGGUGCAAGCUCAUACACGAGGCCGGGGUCCUCCUGAGGCAGAAACAAGUGGCCGUUGCUACAGCACAGAUCCUCUUCCAGAGAUUCUGGUACGUGUCGUCCAUGAAGCACUUUGGGAUCGGGGACGUAGGCAUGGGCGCUCUGUAUCUCGCCUCGAAGCUGGAAGAGUGUCCGCUUCGCAUCCGCGACCUUGUCAACGUGUACGACCUGCUGCACCAGCGCAUCCUGCACGCCUCCAAAUCCACCCUGCAAGAGUUCAAAUACGCGCCCAUGUCGUACUUUGGGAACACUUUCUACGAUCUCAAGGACGCGAUCGUCGUGUCGGAGAUGCAGCUAUUGAAGCGUCUGGGGUUCAACGUGCACGUCGUGCUGCCGUACGGGACCCUGGUAAACUACAUGCAAGUGUUGGGGCUGGCAACAAAGGACGACGCGAUGACGAUGGCGUGGGGCUAUCUCAACGAUGCCCUUCAGACUCCUGUCUACGCCUUAUACAGCAUCCCUACCAUCGUAAGCGCCGCGAUACUCCUCGCAACGCGGAACAUGGGUAUCAGCCUACCCUCUGACCCUCCGACGUGCUGGUGGGAGCUGUUCGACGCGGAAUGGGAGGACGUGUGGACCGUGUGCGGAUACGUGAUGUCGUUGUACAGGGAGCGAACUCCGGAAGAUAGGCGCAGGGUAGUGGGCAUGCUGACCAAGAAGGACGUGCGGAAAUGGCUAGAGAGCAACGCAACCAGGUGAAUGGCAGCGGAUGCACCACAAGACGCGCUUCGCCAUCGCAGUUUAUACGAGUGAAAUCGUAGCAUGAAGGGUCGAGGGUGUCGCACGACAUGCCGAAGAUCCAUUUCCGGCCGCCAAACGGCAGGCUGAAACGCCAACGGACGCUUCGUCGCGGUCAUUCUUCAGCCUGAAGCUGCGACACGCACCCCCCAAUGAAGCGCAGAGCACGCAACCGCCCUCUCGCGGGACAGCAGCAUCUCCGAUGCCGAUGACGAAGGAACUUCCGGUCGGAGACCCGACCUCUCAUGAACGACUCGUUUGCAUCGCCGGCUC